UGCUGGAGACAGUGACGUUUACCUUGUCUUUCGCUGUAUUAAUAGGGUUUCUCUUAUGUUGUUUCUCUGUAUAGAUUAGUAAAAGUACAUUUAACUUCGCCUGCUAACGUUUAACGGAGUGCCCCGGUGUAAAUAUCGAGUGCGUCCUGACAAGCAGAAGAAGCUAGUGGAAUACGGAAGACAGGAUGGCAGACGAGUCCCUGUUUGAAUUCCUCCACAUGGAGAUUGUUUCGCAUAUUUUCAACGAGCAGCAGUCGGGCAAGGGAGAGAUGGAUAACAAGGACAGAGCGGCAUGCAUUUCUCUCUUAGAAGCCAUGGGCUUCAGAGUGGGACAAGGACUCAUCGAGAGGUUGACGCGGGACACCCCCAGCUUUAAGGACGAGUUGGAUAUAAUGAAGUUUAUCUGUAAGGACUUCUGGACUAAGGUGUUCAGGAGACAAGUGGACAACCUGCGAACAAACCAUCAGGGGACCUAUGUCCUGCAGGAUAACAAGUUUGCCUUACUGACUCAGUUCUCUGCUGGGAAGCAGUAUCUGGAUCAGGCCCCUAAGUAUCUUGCUUUUUCUUGCGGUGUGGUGAGAGGAGCUCUGUCUAACCUCGGUCUGGAGAGUGUGGUGACGGCUGAGGUCUCCGUCAUGCCGUCCUGUAAGUUUCAGGUGGUCAUCCAGAAGCUGUGACCCAGUGGUCUUGGUGUUCCUGGUACACAUAAACGGUACCAGCAGAUGGGAGGGUUGUACCUGUUUUUCCACGGAGCACAGUGGACACAGAGCAAAACAUCACAAAUGGAUGAACUGAACCAACUCAGAUUCUGCCAACCACUGUUUGGACUUUGAUGGGCCAAAGAUGACUAACCAAGGCCUUUUAGGUUCACAGAUUUUGUGCAUUUUUUUUUUUUCAAAUUGUACUUAGACAUGCAGACUCACCAGACUCUGUUUUUUUUUUUUUUUUUUUUUUUAAACGAGCUGAGAACUGACAAAGUCAUGCUUGGGAACACAGCUGUUGGACCUAAACUUUAAAGAGUUACCAGCAUCAGAUGUUUUAAAAAAAA